AUGAGGCCUUCUAUUCUUUGCAUCCGCCCCACGAAUUCUGCAGCUAACAAAGACGAUAUGUACGAUAACAAGGCCGGCCGGUCAUCUGAUCUGCAGCCCAUAGUGGACGAUGACAAUGUCAAGAUGCAAUGCGAUGACAACUCGUUGAUUUCAGGCCGGGGAGGCAUCCGGCAGACAACCGGCGGCUGUGGAGAUGUUUGA